CAGUGGUCGGGUCUCGCCGAACGCUUUCUCCCGGAGGUCGCCGAAACAAUGGCAGGGAAAGUCGUGAAACAGUUAGCUGGAAGUGGCACGGGACAGAGUCUCUCAGACAUAAUGACAGCAAUGAAGCACACGCUAUCGGGAUCCCUUAUUGCUAAGAUAAUCUGCAAGGCAACUACUGAAGAAAUGAUAUCACCCAAACGGAAACAUCUAGCAUGUAAGACCCUAUUUCAAUUGUAUCACCAAUUUCCUUCUAGAUCUGGUGCAGUGUACCUUUGAGCCAAGGCUGUCAAUUCCGGAUUUCGCAAAUUAUCUCAUCGGUCGAACACAACACAGUAACCUGGUUGUCGUUUUCAAGGCGUUUAUCACAAUCCACCACCUUAUGCAAUAUGGACACGAGCGUUUUUCGCAGUUUAUCGCUUCAAACAACUGCCACUUCUAUCUGCCUAGUUUGAGUGAUCGGAAUACUUUUCAAGCCCAUGGGAUCGCGGCUUUUGUACGACCCUAUGCGAAGUACUUGGACGAAAAGGCGUCUUCUUAUCGUGAGGUUGCAUUUGAUCUGUGCCGUAUGAAGCUGGGGGUUCAACUAGCUCGAUGCUUCUGAGAGCUGACAUACUCUGUGAUACUCUGUCGACUUGUCAAAUUUGGGUACCCCACUCAAGAUAAAUUCCACAACUACACGAAUUACUUUCCACUCUGUUUCCUUGAACACAUUUUCUUCAAUUUCCAAAGCCCCCGCAAGACAGAGAACUCUGUAUGCCAAAUCCUGGGUUUGCUAACUUUGAAGGAGAUGUACAGCUGAAAUAAGUCACGGAUUAUGAUUUUGGUGAAACUAUCUUGUCAUUUUUUUC